UAAAAAGAAUUGCCCAACUUGCACAAGGCAAUGAGAAGGUGAAGAUACUGCCCACAUAUGUCUUUGUUUGCUGGUGGCGUGACUGGCAUACACUUCUUCAGAUAUCAGAUCGCACUCUUGAGUGGUCCUUGAAGGAUAUGCAGUCUCAGUGUACAGUGUUGUUUCCAAGAUGUGUUGGAGGAAAAACACCAGAAAAAGGAAACCACUUCAUACUUUGGGUAUUUGAUGGGGCUCAUAAAGAAAUUAGAAUUUAUGACUCCAUGCAAUACCAUUCCAAGAUUGAUAAAACAGAUAUGGAGAUUCUAAGGUUUGCAUUUCAGUCAUACUGGAACCUGGAUGAAUGGUCCGUCUGUUUCCCAAGUCAGUGGUUUCAAUCAGAUCAACAGAACUGUGGUGUCUUUGUGUGCACAAUGGCAGAAAUGGAGGUGAGAGGAAUGUUUGCUGAGACAGAAACACUGAAGAUGCCUCAGCUAAGAUAUCUUCGUCAGUACCACGCUACAUCCCUCAUAAAAGACAGAGUAAUCCAGGUUAAAAGAAGUAGAGGCGAAGUUUGCAUGGCAGCUGCCUUGCAUGUAUGUACAUUUCAGAAGUUAGCAGUAGAAGGUUCAUUGUAUCCCGAGGUCACUGUGCUAAGCUGGGUUCAAUGUGACCAGUGCAAUGGGUGGCUACACACAGACUGUGCUGGUGUUCAGGAGAAGAGUCUAAAAGGUAGCUUUAACUGCGGCUGUCAAUUGCCACUUCAGAGAUCCUUUGACAGAACAAGAGUCGCUCUGCAGCAAAAAGGUAUUGGAGGCCUUAUUGAAGACAGUGGAAUUGUGGCUUUACAUGACGCAUUGCUGUCAAGACAACAGAGAUCAUGUCGGAUGUAUCUAUGGGAGCAUCCAGAGACUUCCCUGAGACUCAAACAGCUAUGCAAACCAAGGUCUUUAUUCUUCAGUGAAGAUGAUACCAAUCAGCUGGCUGAGAAAAUCAAAAGGGCUCUGAAGCUCAGUGAUGACCCAGACAUGGUGAACUUCAUGUUUGAUAUCAUGAUUCCUGAGGUCACCAUCAAAAUUCUGAUGACCCAUGAAGGCUUUUGUCGCUACAAAGCUGAACUCUGCCUUCAGUCUGGAAAUUUAACACCAUGAAAAAUGCAUGAAGAAAACUUAUAAUACUAAAUUUAAUAAAACGUUUGUUACUGUUUUUUGACAA